CACAUUCGUUUGGCUGGUUUAGAUGGUUGUUUUGAUAUUAUGCACAAACCUUUCUAAAUCUUAGAUAGUUGAAAACUGAAAUGGCUGAUUAGGGAAUCGGUUCUUGCUACACCUUUUCUGAGGACCAUAUGAUCCCCUAACCCUAUGCUUGUAAAUGAUUCUAUGAUAUUGAAGAUUGCUAGAAAAGCCGAAAGAGUCCAUAUGAGAAUUUUGUUGGAUUACUUCUACUUUUGUGAAGCUUGACCUUGUAGCUAUUCAAGUUUCCUUUAUUAGUUUUCUUAAUAAAUUACAUUUUAGUAACGGAUCAACAUUUAAUUCAAAACUAAAUGGUUAGUUAAACCUUUGAAAUUAUUUUUUCUUUCCGCAAUAUCUUUAUUGUACCAUACAUCCAGAGAAUAAACCCAUUUGCUGCGCCAAGAAAGAAUCCAAGACAACGAACUGAACAUCCAGAUUGCGGCGGCAGCGGCGUUGGCGUCGAUCUCCAUUGAGCUGGAGUUUAGGAAGAAGAAUCGGAGGCGUCCACAGCUGCCACUCUGCCUAUGUGCCAUCCAGAAAACCUUUUGAAGCCCAUUUGCAGCUAGCCAAUAACAAAGUCGUCAACGGCGAUCUCCUCAACGGUAACACAGAGCACAUCAGCAAAAAACCUUCAUAAUUUCUGUGCAUUCAUUGUUCUUCAGGGAAAUGGAAGAGCAGCAAAAUGAAAUUUAAUCCGGUAGUUUGGUGGGAGAGUUGUUACUUGUUAGCUGUGGCUUUAAAUUUCUGCCAUUUAUUUACAAAGCUUCGACGAGACGAAUUUGAUUAGGGCAACAAUGAUAUAUGCAUUUUCGAAGUCCCAGCUUUAACCAUCCUCUGAUUCGGACAUAAAUAUCUGGGAAGGAAACUCACUUAGCUACUCUUGGCUACUUGUUUGAAAGGAAGCUGUGUUUGUCUUCUUGUUACGUUAGCCCCUGUCUUCUAUUUCUACUUCCAGUGUUGUCACGGCCCUGUCGGGACUUUCCCUUCAUAGAAGAUUGGGAGUUCUUUCAACUAGAAAAUAUAAACCAACCCCCAGAAAAAAUGGUGAUGGGGAGGAAAAUUCAGUCGCUUUCCCUUUCUCACGUAUUAGUUGCAAUGUUAGCCUUUUCCCACUUGGCGGUUGCACUGGCUGCGCAAAAACAUCUCCGUUUUGGUCCAAAUGGAAAGUUCAAGAUACUGCAGGUGGCGGAUAUGCACUUCGGAGAUGGAAAGGUCACGCCUUGCUUGAAUGUGCUCCCGACCCAGAUGCAUACUUGCUCCGACGUCAACACAACUGUCUUUAUCGACCGCAUGAUUCGAGCUGAGAAGCCCGAUUUAAUCGUUUUCACUGGUGAUAACAUCUUUGGAUUUGAUGCCACGGACGCGGCCAAAUCACUGAGUGCUGCAUUUGCGCCUGCAAUUUCGUCGAACAUCCCAUGGGCAGCAAUUUUGGGAAACCAUGACCAAGAAUCGACCUUGUCAAGGGAAGGGGUCAUGAAGCACAUUGUUGGCCUUAAGAACACUCUUUCUCAAGUCAAUCCUGCAGAUGCACACGUUAUUGAUGGUUUUGGAAACUACAACCUUGAGAUCAGUGGAGUUAAGGGUUCAAGCUAUCAAAACAAAUCAGUUCUCAAUCUCUACUUCCUUGAUAGCGGAGAUUACUCCACAGUUCCAUCAAUUCCUGGCUAUGGUUGGGUCAAACCCUCUCAGCAGUUUUGGUUUCAACGCACUUCUGCAAACCUCCGGAGAGCAUACGUGAGCCAGCCAGUGCCUCACAAAGAACCUGCACCUGGGCUUGUGUACUUCCACAUCCCAUUGCCGGAAUUUGCAAGUUUUGAUUCGUCCAACUUCACAGGGGUGAAGCAGGAAGGCAUUAGCUCUGCUUCUGUGAAUUCUGGUUUCUUCACGACCAUGGUGGAGGCAGGGGAUGUGAAGGCUGUUUUCACAGGACAUGAUCAUCUGAAUGACUUCUGCGGUCAGCUAACUGAUAUUCAACUUUGUUAUGGCGGGGGCUUUGGAUACCAUGCCUAUGGGAAGGCUGGAUGGUCAAGGAGGGCAAGGGUAGUGGUAGCGUCUCUGGAAAAGACAGAGAAGGGAGAUUGGGGAGCUGUUAAGUCUAUCAAAACAUGGAAACGCCUUGAUAAUCAUCUCCUCACUGCUAUAGAUGGUCAAGCCCUCUGGAGCAAGAGCCCUGCAGGAGGCCGUAGAAAGAAACAAGUUGGCGGUGCUUGAGUAAUGGAGCAUGAGAUUGUUUACUGCACUGGUUGCCGACAACUCGACUGGAGGGAAUAUGUCUUGAGUCUACUUAGCGAGGAGUGUCUUGCAUUUUACACUAAUUGUAGAUUGAGAUAUAUGUAACAAUGAAGUAUGUCAGAAGAGAAAGUAAAUUGCCAGACAAUAAAUGGAUAAUUAAAAUAUAUAAUUUGUAAUUUUAUAUAUAUAUACCCACAAGAUUUCUGCAA